AUGCAAGGAAUAGGAAACAACUCCAAGAAAAAGUCAAAAAGUGAAAAAGGUGGGGGCAGUUCUAGUUUAGGAAGUGGAAGAAAUGAUGCAUUUCAGUCCCGGAGUCUUGGGGCCACGGAUAUCGAGAGUCGUCAGUGCGAGGGUUUCACACCCGAACUCAAAGAGCAAGAGCAUAAAGAAUCCGAAAUAAUCCUUGAGCCACCCGAAUACAUUAAGCAUUGGAAACGUCAAGACUUUACGGGACAAACAUAUGGAUAUUUCUCUUUGUUUCGGUUCAGCAAACCAGUGGACAGAUUAUAUUUUAUUUUUGGAGCAAUUGCGGCGUUAAUUAGUGGAUUUUGCACUCCAAUUUUAAUAACUACUUUCGGAAUCAUGGUUCGCUCAAUGGUACUCGUGUCACAUAUUCGUUCAGCCAUUUCGAAUAAUUCAAUUUCUGGGAACAAAAAAGCGUAUGAAGAUUUUUUGUCUCAAUGUAAAAGGGACAAACCAUUUGGAGGAGUACCCUUGGACUUUGAGUCUUUAAAUAGCGUUGUGUACAGCAGUAUUUAUGAAUUUACCCUCUGGCAUGGGAUAACUUCGGUAAUCUUUACGAUAUGCAGCAGUCUAUACUUCAUUUGCUGGCACAUAGCUGGCGACAAUCAAAUUAUUCGAAUUAGAAAACAAUAUUUUGAGGCUCUUUUGAGGAAAGACUCCACGUGGUUUGAAACUCAAAAGGAUCCUGACUCAGUGAAUAAACUGAUGGACCACACUAAGGGUAUCUGGGUUGGGAUUGGCGAAAACAUUCCAAUUUCAAUCAACAUCUUAACCACGGCUGUGAUAUGCUUGAUCAUCGCCUUUUGUCAUGGGUGGCAAUUAACUUUAUUGGGUCUAGUUGCCUUAAUCCUUAUAAUAUUCACAAAUUGGCUGGUUUCCUGGACCAAUUCUCAUAAAAUUUUGGCUGAACUCAUAACAUACAAGAAUGCGAACAAUGUGGUUGAAGAAACGCUGACAAAUAUUCGUACAGUCAUGUUCUUUGGCGGACAGAAAAAGGAGCUCCUUCGAUACAAAAGAAAGCUCGGGAUGAAUUCGCCAAUGGUCAUAAAGUGGAUUUUUGCACACAGUGGAAGUGUGUUUCUCUUGUGGACAAUCAACUUUACAAUAUGGGCAGUGGUGUUCUGGUUUGGUCUCACAUUGGUAAUUCAGCAGGGUCCUAGCUGCAAAGACCAGUCAAGCUAUUCAGUCUACGAUGCGGGGGAUGUCAUUAUUAUAAUAUUUUGCGUUAUAUUCGGUGCUGGAAACGUGUACAUGAUAUUACCUGUCGUGAAAGCCAUCAAAGUAGCGUCAGGCUAUGGUUGUAAAGUUUUCAAAGUUAUAGACAGAAAGUCUCCGAUCGAUGGAAUGGAUGACGUAGAAGGAAUGCAAAUAAUGCCCGAUGAUUUCAAAGGUUGCAUAGAAUUUGAAGACGUCCGAUUUACAUACCCGAAUAGCAAAGGAGAGCCGGUUCUAAAUCACAUGAAUUUAAAAAUUCAUGCCAAAUCAAAAGUAGCAAUUUGUGGUUUGAACGGAUCUGGGAAGUCCACAAUAUUGAAGUUGAUUUGCAAGGAAUACCUUCCAAACAGUGGAUUUGUUAAAAUUGAUGGUAAUGAUAUUCGUGAUUUAAACACAAAGUGGCUGAGAAAACAUAUCGGAGUGGUUCCCCAACAUGCUGAUUUUUUCGACGACAGUAUUGAAUCGAAUAUCAGGAUGAGCAACUUGGAUGCUUCAUUCUCAGAGAUUAUGGAAGCCUGCAAAUGCGCAAAUGCCCACACUUUCAUCAUGUCAUUGAAAGAGGGUUAUCAAACAAAAAUUGGGACAAACGGGUAUAAACUAACGAUGGGUCAAGAGCAACGUUUGGCAAUUGCGAGGGCGCUGCUGCGGAAUCCAAAGAUCCUGCUUUUAGAUGAGCCGAUGACAAAUCUAGAUCUCCAGAGUGGAAUUACCGUGAUGGAUUCUAUACAACGUGUUGCCAAAGAACGGACAGUUAUUUUAGUCACUCAUCGUCUUCAUAUGGUGACUGGGGCUGACCACAUAUUUGUCAUCAAAAGGGGAAGAGUUGCUGAAAAGGGGAUUCAUGCAAAUCUCAUUAAAAACCAAGGACCCUACCACCAACUUGCUUCAGGAAACGUGGAUAAAGCGUCCAUCUCAUUUCGUGAAGCUGUUCCUUUCCGAGAGUUCAACACGAGUGAAAUUACAGCUAUUCACUACAUGAAAAUGUUUGCAUCAAAGUCUUUCUUGCCAAAUAUUUACCCUGACCUGAUGAGUGUCGACCCGGUGGCAAUCCAAUGCACAAGUUUGCUAAUGGAGCAUGUCGUCAUAUCACAUUAUGCAGGACCCUUUAGAGACAGGGUACAAAAUCUAAUAGCAUUGGAGAACGAAGAGGAUGUACAAUACACGCUUGAACUAAAAGAUUCAAUUGUCACUGACGAUGACAGUUUGUCCAAAUCUGAGUGUAUGCUCAGGACUAAUCCGGACAAACCCACGCUCAAUAAAAAUGCAGAUGGUCAAGCCCGAGGUCAAAGAACUGACCGAUAUAAUCAAUCCCAGCCGUAUUUCUGGCAAGUAUUUUGGUUAACUACUAAUUCAACCUACAAACCCCAAAUCCUCAUUUCUGUACUGGCUGCAUGUGCAAUUGGAUUGGCUUUGCCACUGUUUGGUGUUUUGUUAUCCCAAACAAUCAUGAUAAUGUCCGAUACCCCAGUUCCACACUACAGGAAAUUGACCAGAAAAUUUGGAGAUCAGAAUAAUUACAAAUGGAUUGUAUUUGGAUUUGUUCUAUUGGGAGUUUUCGUAGGGGUUGCUGCAUCUAUUCAAGAAUUUUUUCUUGGGAUUGCAAGUUACAACAUGAUCAACCGUAUCAGAAAAAAGUUAUUUGCAGCCAUUUUACAGCAAGACAUGUCAUUUUUUGAAAAUCCGUCAAUCGGCGUGUUCUUUUUGAGGGAUAUGCUUGCAAGCAGUGUUCUGACGCUUCGAUAUUUGCUGAAUGGAUUCUAUGCGAAUUUUAUUCAAUGCAUCGUAACCUUUAUCGUGGCUGUGGUUAUUUCAAUAACAGCGUACUCACGUACUUUGACUGGCUACGCUGUGGCAAUUACCUUUGGAGUUGCAUCGAUCAAUUUCAUUGAUGGGUGGCUCGAAAAGAAACAACAAUUGUCCACUAUGCAAGCCUUGGGAGAAAUUUCGAGUUUAUUAUUUCAAGUAUUUUCCGGGAAACAUCAGGUCACCGUCAUGCAACUCGAACCUUUCUUUCUUGACAGAUUCAAUACUAUUCAAAUUGAAGCUUUGAGGUUGAGGCGACGAAUUUCGCACCUUCGUGCAUUUACCUUUGGAUUAUCACAAACUGCUGUGUUUUGGGGACACACUUUAUUUUUGUACUUGGCAGCUCAUGAAAUUGUUCACAAUGAUAUAACAUUUGAGACGGCUAUCGCAAUUGGAGAAAUGCUUAUCUUUGGAACAAUCACUUUUGGCAUGAACUUUUCUAUUUUGCCAAGUUUUCAUUUAUCCAUUCAAGCGGGACAAAGCAUUCUCAACGUACUGAAUAGAACGCCGAUGAUUGCCUUCAACUCAGGAGACGAAUUUGAAGGAGACUGCAAAGGGGAGCUAGGAUUUCAUGAAGUACAUUUUUGGUAUCCCUUUUCUGGGGAGAAUCCCUUGUUGAAAGGCGUCACCUUUUACAUUCAACCAGAGAAAACCGUUGCAUUUGUUGGAUCUUCAGAAUCUGGCAAAACGGUAUAUUUGGACGUAAUUAUGAAGUUCUUCAAUGUUACAAGUGGAGUAUUGACUUUAGACGGGAAGGAUUUACGAGAUUUGAACACAGUCUCAUUGAGGCAACUGAUCGGAUAUGUAGAUAAGCAGCCACAAUUGUUUAAUAGAACUGUAGCAGAAAACAUUGCUUACGGAGACAACAUCAAUAAUGUACCAAUGUCGAGGGUAGUGGAAAUAGCAAAGCAACUGGGAAUGCAUAAUUUCUUUUGCAGUUUACCGGAUGGUUAUGAAACCAUAGUUGGAGGAGAAAUGACUAGAUUAUCAACUGCUCAAAAGCAUCGGAUUAUGAUUGCUCGAGCCAUGUUAAGAAACCCCAAGAUUUUGUUGAUUGAUGAGACGACAACAUAUUUAGAUCGAGAAGGGGAACGGUUGGUGAACGAGGCCAUUGAUAAGGCUCGAAAGGGGCGAACAUGCAUUCUUGUUUCCCAUCGACUUGCUGCAGUUCAGAAUGCUGACCUCAUCGUCCUUAUGAAUGAUGGAUUUGCCAUUGAAUUGGGAACACACGAGGAUUUGAUGAAGAGACGCCACAGCGAGUACGGCAGGCUCUGGCGUUCCCAAAAUCCUCUCGACGAUGAAAGUUUCGCACAGGGCAAACCUUGGCUUGGUGUGGCCCCAUCCAAGGUAAAAAUAAGUCCCCAGAAGGAAGAACCCCCACCUCCCCGUCCACUCCCCCCACCACCAAAUCCACAAGUCGGUGAGAAUGAGAAACCAAAAAGUCAGGAAGGAUGGUUCGGAGGGUGGUGUUCUCCAUCCACCAUUAUCACUGACAAUUCCGAAACGUUAUAAUAUGAAGACUCAAUAAGCGUCAAUCAGUAUUAUGCGAUGAGAGGUUUUUAACAAAUUUAUAUGAUAUAGCUGUGUAUAAAAGUAUUAAUAUAAAUAAAUGCAUUAUCCCAUCAAUGUAUAAUUGAUUGUAGUCGCUUUAAUAGGAAGCUAUAAAGUUGCUCCCAAUUGUCUUUCCGGUCGUUUCUUCGUUCUUGAAAUCCUGUUACUGUUAAUAUUUUCAAAUGUAUGCUUCACUGGUAUUAUGUGUAGCCUGCCUGCCAUCACCAACAGUCAAAUAAAUAUAAAUUCAUUCAAAUUUAUUUCAAGCAAUUUCAGAGUAGUUCCGAAUGGGGAAUAAAAUCAUAAAUUCGAUUAUUACUUCAGCUUUGUGCUUCCAGUUGAUUUCAUCCAUCAAUGGUGAAACUCAAGUUAUUUAUUCGAAGAUACCACUCGGCAAUAGGAAUGAAAGGAACCCGUCGUCUCAACUUUCUCAUUUCUCGCCAUCGCCAUAUUAUUACUUUAGAAAUCCUACCAGACAACACACUCCAAUAGACGACGAAGAAUACUUUGACAACGAUUCAUACGAUAAUUCCACUGAAGAAGAAGAUGCAAGUGAUCAGCAGAAUACAGGAGAGGUCAAGGAAAAAAUGCCAGAGAAGAAAAAAUCUAAAGUGGAACAGAUUCAAGAUAUUGGGGAAAAACUGGUAGAUAAAUGGCUGGACGGAUUUCUCCAGAUUGAAACGGAAAGUCCUCCAGAUCCACCGAAAUGGGCAAUGGAUAUAUGGGGACCGCCCCCAAGUAUUCAAGUAGCACCCUGGAGUAACGUAGCUGAUGAACAAAAAUAAUAAUGAAUACAAUUUCUCAUGAUUCCACUUUCUUACAAAUAUGUUCUUGAAAGUCGAUAAAAUUGAUAAAAUUAUUUUGCUGUUGAUGAUCAGCCGAACGUAAAUAAAUAUCAAAGCACAUUUGAAUUUGUCAAACGA